GCAGUGGAAAUGGAUUAAAGACCACACGGACGCUCCAUGGGACCGACGCUUUUCCUUUCAUCCCUUCAUUUUACAGUUUGAAUAAAAGACCAUGGCAGAUUCAGUGACAUCAGAUGAUCAGAAAUUCUGCUUGAAGGAGGUGCUCGACACUUUCAGGUUAUGCCUGUCUGAAAACAAAGAGGUGUAUCUGGAACAUUACGUGGCUGGUUGGCGAGGUUUGGUCAGGUUCCUAAACACAUUGGGAAGUGUGUUUGGCUUCAUUUCCAAAGAUGCCGUCAGCAAGAUUCAAAUCCUGGUCAGCCUCCUCAAAGGUGAAGACGGCUCUCACUAUAGUACCAUCCAGUCUAUGGUAAAAUAUGAGUUGGAGAACCAACUAGUGGACCUCACCAAAAGUGGUGCCCACCCAACUUCAGGCUGUCGCACUCUGCUGAGACUCCACCGUGCCUUGAGAUGGCUAGAGCUAUUUCUGGACAGUUUACGCACCAGCACCGAGGACAGUAAGACUUCUGUGUUGUGCGCGGUUGCCUAUAACGAAUCCCUGGCUAAAUUUCAUCCCUGGGUGGUGCGUAAAGCUGCGGGAAUGGCGUUCUGUCUUCUUCCCGGGCGACAAGAUUUCUUUGAUAUCAUGAAUGUAGGGACUCCGGAGCAGGUUGUUGCCAUGUUGGGAGAAGCAGUUCCUCUCAUCAGUGAGGUGUACCAGAUCACAGAGGACCUAUAUGCUCAACACAACAUACUAGAUUUACCUUAGGGUGAAAGAAGACUUACACUGAUACGGUCUGUGUUAAAGGAGAGAGGAUUUUAUGAACUGUGGUGGGAACAAAUAUCUUUAAAUAUAUUACUUGAAGACUAAUACUACUACUAUUCAUAGGGUUUUACAACAUAACUGUUAUGUGGUAUGUAUAUUACUUAUUGACCUAAUUCUUCACUAUGAUAAUCACUUUUAAGAAAUUACUGUAAAUACAGUAUCAAUCAAACUUGCACUCAAAAAACUGCAUUUUUUUUAAACUAAUUGUAACUGUAUUGGGGUCUAGUCUGACAUUCCAUCAAAUUAUCUACUGAAAUACUUGGUCUUUUAUGUCACAUAAAAAAGUGCCAAAGAAAAUGGCACUUUACAAUAAAGCUACUGAUCGUUUGUCCUGUUACAACACAGGAUGCUGGAUAUUUUUUAUUUCAUGGCCAGUUCUGAUGGUUUGUAAUCUUAAGAUAAAUCAGUUUUUUGUUUAGUGUUUAAAAUAAUGUACAGUACAAAUAAAUGGUUACCAAAUAUUUUGAUUCUAAUGCACUAUGAAUGUAACUCAAUAAAGUAUUUCAAUUCC